CUGGCCAGACUGCUCUGUCCCAGCCCUGGCUUCGGUAAGGACAGGCUCCCUGUGUGGGAUGCCCCAAGACACCAAGCAGGCAGAUUUGUGACCUAGAAGAUGUUUUCCUACCACCAGGCUUGUCAAGCACCCCUAGACCACCUAUCUUUCCCACCUGUGGGAGUAAGGGGCUUGGGGGACACCCUCACGUUGCCCAGAGCGGGCUGCAUGCCUGAACGGGCCCCGGUGCGUAUGAAAUCUUCCACUGCCCAUCGCUUCGCAAACCCACACAAACAGACCCCAGCUCACUCAGACUAGGUUUGGGGACUGGGUUCCACCAUCAUUUUCAACCUCAGUCAGCCACUCCUUUGAGUCACACCAUCUGGUCCCCGCUUUUUCUGGGAAGGGGGAGGGGAUACUCUUAGAGGGAAAGGGGGAAAUCUGAUUAAAGCUUCUGUCAGGGAACCGCCCGCCUAGCUCUCCACAGAAAUCUACCUCUCCAGCCAGUGGCAACUCAGGACAUCUAAGGGGUCGGAAUUGGUUUGGCCAAGAGGCUGCGGACCCAGAAGAGGCCACGAGGAGGGCAGAGCGCAGGAAGGACCGACAGAAGCGCCAGGAGCAGCAAGCCGAAGCUGGGGGAGGGGAAGCGGGGAGCACCCAGCCUCUUGACACAGUUGGAGACAAGAAACAGUAACGUGGCCUCCCCUGAUUUCCAGAAGUGCCUGCUCCACCUUCUGACCACAGACCACAGACCCGGAACAACUUUCUGGACUGAACCGUUGGGUGCCUCCUGCACCUGCAGACCUCACCAGAAAGAUGCCAUCCUCUACAGCUAUGGUGCCUGGGACAAGAGGAGGCUGGCACUGUCUGGUGCUGACUACAGCAGCUGCCCUGACCCAGCUCAUGUGGCUCCCUGGUUGCUGUGGGUCCUACAUUGUUGGAGGCCAUGAGGUAACGCCACAUUCCCGGCCCUAUAUGGCCUCUGUGAGCUUCGAGGGCCAUCACUACUGUGGAGGCUUCCUGAUUCAUACCCAUUGGGUGGUGUCAGCUGCCCAUUGCUUCAGUGACAGGGACCCCUCCAUGGGGCUGGUGGUGCUGGGGGCCCACGCACUGCUCGCCCCAGAGCCCACACAGCAGACAUUUAGCAUUGCAGCUGCUGUCAGCCAUCCUGAUUUCCAGCCUGCCACACAGGCCAACGAUAUCUGCCUGCUAAGGUUGAACGGCUCUGCUGUCCUGGGCCCCGCUGUGAGGCUAUUACGAUUGCCUCGGAGAAAUGCUAAGCCACCUGCUGCGGGCACGCGUUGCCAUGUAUCCGGCUGGGGCUUCGUGUCUGACUUUGAGGAGCCUCCGCCUGGACUGAUGGAAGUCGAGGUGCGCAUACUGGAUCUGAGUGUCUGCAACAGCUCCUGGCAGGGCCAGCUGAAUCCUGCCAUGCUCUGCACUCACAGUGGGGACCGCCGGCGGCGUGGUUUCUGCUCGGCAGAUUCUGGGGGACCCUUGGUCUGUGGAAGACGGGCCCAUGGUCUUGUAUCUUUCUCAGGCCUCUGGUGUGGUGACCCCAAGACUCCGGAUGUCUACACUCAAGUGUCAGCGUUUGUGACCUGGAUCUGGGAUGUGGUUCGGGCAAGUUCAUCCCCUGGUUCUACUGGACGCUCUGUGAGGGCUGUUUGAAUUUCAGCCCUCUACUGGGGCAGACAUGAAUAGCAACCUGUGCCCACUGGCUCACAUCUGGAAUAUUCCAUGGCUUGAGACUUGGGCUACAGGCAUUCAUCCUAAAUGAACAAUUGUACUGAGGGUUGACUACCUAGAUACAUGGUUUAUGGUUUGAUAUAUGGUCAACUCCAGCCGCCGCCCUUAAUCCACAGUCACCCUUGUAACCAAGACCCACUAUGCUGCCCCCUCCUGAACUCGUCGCUUCGGGGUGGCACCUGCUCCAUCCCCUAUGGAUCGUGACAAACUCCAUUAACACAGACAGGGACUGAUAUAUGUAGUGAGGACAAAAAUCCAAACAGUUAUAACUCCACUCUUGCCAUCCUAGCCUCAGUAUAACAGUUGUCUUAUCGUCUAUCAUUCCUCCUGGUUUGAGUUGAACCCUUCACUCGGGAGCCCCAGACAAGGUGCCAUUUAAGGCCCUCUCGCCCCUGUACCUCUGGGACCCCAGAGGGUGCACUUCCUUUCCCUCCCACCCACUCAGCUCCAAGCUUCCCAGGGAUUCUUGAACACGUGCCACGUGUCUCUGAAAGCUUUCGUGGAUCAUUCCACGCUCCAUUCUAGUCCCAGGUUCAAAGGAAGGAGGCAGAAAAUACACGGUGGUUUCUAUUGUCUUUUAUUUCCUUGGUGAGGCAGAACUCCAGGGUAGGGGAGGCUACCAUAGCUCCCCUGCUAAGGACACUUUUGGGGAUAUUACAAGAAAGGCACAGCUGAGAACUGGAGGGUGGUGAGAAAGACCCUGGGAACUCCUUGCCCCCAAACUGGAGGGUUGGGCACCUUCCCAUAGUCUUCUGUUGUGGUCUGACACCUUUUAAGUUUUUUUUUUUUCUUUUUUCAAAGAUAAGAUCUUAUAUAGCCCAGGCUGGCCUUGAACUCAUAAUGUGGCCAAGGAUGAACUUAAACUCCUGAUGCCCUUGCCUCUACUUUCUAAGUACUGGGAUGAGGGGCCUGAGCCAACAUGUCUGUUUAUGCGGUGCUGGGGAUGGAGCCCGGGCUCGGUGAACACUAGAAAAGCACUCUCUACCUAAAUGCAUUGCAGCUCCCCCUUUUGGCUUCCUUGAAGGCACUUGUGGGUGUGGGCAAGUUGCAGCAGCAGCUGUCAGAGUGAAGGCAGUAAUUCAGUCUGGCCCCAAACAGCAUCUGGCUGGUGUCACCACCUGCAGCUGGGCUUGGGGACGAGUGGGGCUGGUGGGGAACUGCGUAAAAACUAAUGUGGGUGUGCAGGGUACAGGGCAGUGGGUGCUAGAGUGACUCUGGGUGCUCUGGGCACAGUGAAUCCUAGUGUCCACUGGCUGUCCUGGGCCUGUGAGUCAGCCAGGGUCCAAUGUUUCUACCAGGUUUCACCCUGAGUGGACCAAACAGGAAUGAGCCCAGUGUUUCUCUGACCUGAUGUUGCCCGCUCUGGUCUGA